CAUUUUGUCACACAUAUAUAUAUAGAGAGAGCAAUAUACAAUACAAAUCACUUCACAUCUCAAAUUUGACAAGAGAAGGAAGACCAAAUUUGAAAGGAAAAAGGCAAAUAAAAGUUGAUAAAAUCAUGGCAGAAGAGUUGAUAAGCUGGUGGAAUUCGCCGCGGAAUCUCUUCAGUUCAUCGCCAUGCUCGUUGGCGUCCAACGACAUCGGGAGUUUGGGCUGGCCGACCGAGACCAGAAGUGUACGUUCAAGCGAUGAAUCCGACGGAAGCAGCACCCUUCUUAUACAAGAUGUUCAUCACCACCACCCCAAAUUGGAUGCCUGGAAUCAGCCUUUGCCCGGAAGAUCAGAGGACAAUCAUUCCAACUUCCUGGUGGAUUCAAGCAUGAAUUAUAGGGCCGAUCAAAUGAAUUUUAGUGAAGAAGAAUCAUCGAUGAAGCAGAGUUCCUUGUUGCAGACUCUGUUCGACGCGGAUUCUCAACCCUAUCCAUCUUUAUUAGAUGAUCAGAUUCAGAUGAACUCAAACGGAUUCAUGCCUAAACCCUCUCCAUCUCCCACUGCUGAUAAUAGCUUAUGGAUUAAUCCAUCAGCGUUGAGUAAUGUUCGUCCGCCUACAUCUCACUUCUUUCCAUCGCCUCACAAUCACAGCAUCACUGCUAAGGCAACACACAUACACAAAACGUUUCAUGAACAACCCACGUUUAAACGUCCACGAAUCGAAACUCCGUCCCCCUUGCCAACCUUCAAGGUCCGGAAAGAAAAACUUGGGGACAGAAUCACCGCCCUACAGCAGUUGGUUUCACCUUUCGGAAAGACUGACACUGCAUCCGUGCUCCACGAAGCUAUCGAGUACAUCAAGUUUCUCCAUGAUCAAGUCAAUUCAUUAAGCACGCCAUACUUGAAAUAUGGAUCGCCACCGCUGCAGGCAGGAGAGAAAAGCAAGGAUGAAGAAGGGGUAACAAAGGGCCUCAAAACUCAAGGAUUGUGCCUCGUCCCUAUAUCGAGCACCUUCCCCGUUGCAGCCGAGGCCACCUCAGAUUUCUGGACACCUUCAUUUGCCGGAAGCUUCACAUAGAUAUCGUGCAAUUUACACACACACAACAAAAAAGAAACAAUAAUGGAUGCGACAAGAAUGGAGGCCGCAUGUAUUGAAGAAAAGCAAGAAAAAAGGGAAAGGGAAAAAAACGAAGUGAUUGUUGAAGGAAGACAGCGCAUGCUGGGCCACAUCUUGGAAAAAAAGAAGACAGCAAAUAUGAAAGCAUAGUAGAACUAAUUGAUGUAGCAUUUCAUAAAAUUGUAAUCAUCAAGAGGAUGUUAAGGAAAAGGGACUGGAACUGAUGCUAAAUUUAGCUUUACUCUACUUUAGGAGAUGUGCAUUAUCGGUUUGAGCUGUAUUUAGCAGCUUAAUUAAUUGUUAAUUAGAGGUUCUCAUCU